AUGGAGAGAGUACCUGGUGUCGAAGAGCAGAAGUCAGAAGACCAAGUUAACGAAGCUGGUCUAGCUGAUGAUAAUAUCACAGUACCAUGGCUGAAGUUGGGGCUUGAUGCGCCAAAAAGUGAAGAAACCAAGCCUCAAGAGGUGAAACCAGUGGCCACUCCACAUAGGACUUUCUCCUGCAACUACUGCAUGAGAAAGUUCUUCAGUUCGCAGGCCCUCGGUGGGCACCAGAAUGCACACAAGAGGGAGAGGUGUGCAGCAAGAAAGUCACACAGAUUUCAGAUGAUGAUGGGCCUUCCUCCAUCUGCUUCCUUUCUCCAACCUUUGAGAGUGAACUCCCACUCCAUGAUUCUGAAGGAUCCUGGUGAAAGCGCUGCUGUUGUUGUAGCAAGAUUCGACGGAGGCCGAAUGAGUGGCUGGAUGCCUUUUGCAAUUAAAGAACCUGGAGGGUUAGUAUGGCCAGGGAGCUUCACAGCAAGUUCAGAGGAGUCCAAGAAGCAAAUAGAGAAAAAUAUUGACUUGACCCUGCGCUUGCUAUAUGGGUUUGGUUAUACUGGUUAA